UCAUCGGCGAACUGUGUUUAGCGUUAUUGCUAAAGCUACGAUUUUGAGGCGGCGGAUUCUGUGUUUACCUUCGAUUCUCCAACACCGUUUGUGUUCGCCGCCAAUUUGGGAACUUCAUUGAUCCAUCAACCGAAAGCUUCCGCGUGAUUGCGUGGUUUUGAAGGAACCCAGUCAAGUCAAUUCCAGUCCAAUCGAAUGUUUCUGCAAGUGUUUUGGUGACCGGAAGUUAGGGUUUUGUUUGUAGCUAAAACCAGCGCGCAACCCUAAAUCUUCCGUUCCGGGCAUUCUCACGUUCGUCGGGUUGUUUUUUUGUUCAAUCUUUGAGGAAAGAGUAUGAUCAUUUGUUCUACGGUCACUGCUGGGUUUGUUUGAAGCGAUUCAAUGAGGGGAGAGAGUGAGAGCAUGGCAAGGCAGCUGCCCCAUAAUCAUAUGGAGAAUGACAUUCCAGGAACUGCAUCUACUCUUUAUGUGCAGGAAGAGCAUUUGAACUCUGCACGUAAAUGGUAUUUCUGUAAACAGGAAAUUGAACAUAAUUCUCCAUCCAGGAAGGAUGGAAUUGAUUUCAAGAAAGAGGCUCAACUGAGGAAGUCGUAUUGCUCGUUUCUUCAAGAGCUUGGCAUGAAGCUGAAAGUGCCUCAAGUAACAAUUGCAAGUGCCAUGAUGGUUUGCCACCGAUUCUAUAUGCGUCAGUCCCAUGCUAAAAAUGACUGGCAGACAAUCGGAACAACAGGCAUGUUUCUUGCCUGUAAGAUUGAAGAGACACCAAGGUUUCUGAAUGAUGUUGUUGUUGUGGCUUAUGAGUUGAUAUACCAAUGGGAUCCUUCUGCCCCUAAAAGAAUUAGACAAAAAGAAGUUUUCAACAAACAAAAGGAACUAAUCUUGAUUGGGGAGAGGCUUCUAUUGUCAACGCUUGCAUUUGAUGUCGACGUUCAACUUCCCUACAAGCCACUUGUUGCUGCUCUAAAAAGAUUAGGAAUGGCUGCUGAUCUUGGGAAGGUGGCCUGGAAUUUUGUAAAUGAUUGGCUUUAUACAACAUUGUGCUUGGAGUACAAACCCCAUUAUAUUGCUGCUGGUUCGAUAUUCCUCGCUUCCAAAUUUCAAAAAGUGAAAUUGCCUUCGGAUAGGGGAAAGGUUUGGUGGAUGGAGUUCGAUGUUUCACCGAAACAGUUACAAGAGGUUAUACAGAAAAUGUUGAAGUUAUUUGAGAAAGAUAGAAAACAAAACCCACCACCUUCAAAGACUCAUCAGCCUGAACCUUUAGAUGGACAGACAAGGGUUGAUAGCUCCCAAUCAUGUAUAUCCAGCGUGACAAUUUCCGAUCAGCUUGAUAGUCAUGAUGCCACGACGGAGGCCAGUGACUGCAAUGAGCCUGUACUGCCUAAUUGUUGCCACAAUCAGGAAACUAUGAAUUACUGCAUCAGUCCUGUGGAAGUUUUACCCUGCCAAACAAGCGAUACUGGGAGUUCAAGUAGCGCUAUCGACAAUGGUGAUACUGGGAUUUGUCGGAGUACCGAGGAAAUUUAUACUGAUCAGACCACGCAGUCAACAACUGGUUCUGUAUCUGUUUCUAAGGACUUCAGUAAGAUAAACGUAUUCCAACUCAGGGAGGCAAUAAAGAGAAGACGACUUUGUAGAGUUACAAGUACAAAGGAAGUACAGCCCAUGAGCCCCGAUAUUGACAGCGAAGCAUGGAUCGAAAAGGAGCUGGAACAUGGAAUAGAGUUAGAAUAUGAAUCGUCAUUGAAAAAGAGAAUAAAGGCAUCUUGAAGUUUGCAAUGCUUACUGAUUAAGUAUCAUCAAUAUUUUUCUUGUCAGAGAUUUUGAUUAAUUCCAGGAAAUUCUGAUUCUGUAAGUAUUAAGAUUUUCAGCUUAUUAUUCAUUCUUUUGAUAGUUCUAUCCUCCA